UCAGCUCUGAAAAUGGACGUGCAGCAUGGUCCUUGAAUGCAUGCCGUAUUUUAUGUAUUCAAGAUGAGUUGGAUGUCCUUUCUCUGUCUGGCCACGGCCUUUCUGGACCUCUGUAGGGGACACAACACUUUGUUUGAAGGAUAUGACCGGUCUAUGUCCAGCUACCACCUGUGUACUCGACAUGAGAGCACAGUGGUGAGUAAAGUGUUGUCCUAUAAGAUCUCUUAUACGGUCAGGAGGUCAUGUGGCGGCUGGCUACCCUGGAAGAUGUGUGAGGUCACUGUUUACAAAAAGGCCUAUCGGACUGAGUACAUGAAUGUCACCAAAGACGUUUUGAGGUGUUGUGAUGGCUAUGAACAAGUGGGCAGCUACUGUGCUUUAUCUAUGAACAGAAGUGGAGAGUUCACUGCUAAGCCAGGGUCCUGUCCUGAGGGUGUCGUGGAGGCACCCAGGAGUGGAGGGUGUGAAUGGGACUUAGACUGCCCAGGCUGGCAAAAGUGCUGCCAGAGAGAAGGCCUUUCUCUCUGUACGGACCCUCAGUCUGCAGGCGGGAGAGGCUGGUGCUUUCACGUCACUGUGACAGUGAAGACAGAUUACCAGCGGCUGAUAUCCAUGGACGGGGGAAUCCUGAACCACACAAGGCUGCUGCACUCUGUGGUGACUGGAGCGCUGGACUCUUAUGACGUCUCUGUAUACUAUAUCAGCUCCUGGCCUAUAUGGCCAUUUAGAACCUCCUCCUCUCUGCUGAUUAGUUCCCCUGAAAUUCUGUCCCUGUCCAACACGACCACAAAGCUGCACCUUCUUCUCAUACACAUUGAAGAAGUCACCUCGGUGUCAGUUGAAGACAUGAAUGAGUGUAGCCAUGCCGCUCUCAGCAGCUGCUCACGUCAGGCAGACUGUACCAACACAGAGGGCUCCUACAGCUGCACCUGCCAUCCAGGAUUAAUUGAUCUCAACCCCAACAACAAAGGGGUACACUGCCAAGCUGCUGACCCUGUGACCUCACCCAUGCCCAGUAAUGCCACUCAUAUGUUCUGGUGGGCCAAUGCUACAGAGUUGCCACCCAACAGCACCAGCUAUCAGUCCCAGGUCUCCAGCUUCACUGAUACCCCAACAGCUAUAGCUACAACCACAGACAGGAGCAUGAUGCUGAGCUCGACCCAUAUACAUGCUACCACACAUAACCCAGUUAAAGCCAGCUCCAACAGGUCUGAGACCAGUACCGCAGUGAUACCCUCAAGUACUGUAUUGACCUCCAGCAGGCCUGAAAUCAGUACAGCUCUCACAUCCUGGAGUAGUUCCACCUCACUCCAGCAUACCACUAACCCCAACUCUCCAACCCCAACCCUCUCCACCUCGGCCCCCUCUGUACCGGCAUGGCAGACACAUCACCAGCAGACCAGCACUAUGCCACAAACCAGCCUUGAGCCCACUCUGGUGGUGUCCCUGAGUGUAUCACCACCAUCUCCAUCAACAUGCAACCCCGCCCCCAUCACCAACCUGCAGGCUUCCAACGUCACUGGCUCCUCCUUCUGCGUGUCCUGGAUGACUGGCCAAUCCCAGAGCGGGUUUAGCUUUCUGGUGGUGCUGAUGGAGGGGUCAAAGGUCAGGGGACGCUGGGAGACGGGGCUGUCAGUCUGGGAGGUGACAUUGUUGAAGCCUGGGGUUCUCUACAACGUUACUGUCAUUUCCUGUCCCCAUGGGAGCCAGGGGGCCAGCCUGCUGCUGCUGGUUAAGACUGCUGCACAGACACUUGGAGCAACAGCUCACCUGACCAAUGUGCAGUUCACUGAUGCCCUGCUGGACCCUACUAGCCAGGCGUAUCAGAAUCUUAGUCGUAGUAUUAUGGAAGAGAUCCUCCAGUCUCUCCCUCCUGAUAUUUUGGCCCUGGUAAACUCAGGAGAUGUGAGGGUUCAGAUCACAGGCCUGGCCCCUGGCAGUGUAGUAGUGAACUUCACCAUCAUCUUCACACCCAGUCAGUCCCAGGACAUCCUGAAAGUGUCCUCUGCUCUGAUGCAGGCCCUACAGAACAGCUCCAGAUACACAGUUGACAGCAACAACACCAGCAUAAAUGAUGUUGAUGAGUGCAGUACAGGGGACAUGGACUGCUCCCCAUGGGCCCAGUGCACUAACACCUGGGGCUCCUACAGCUGUCUCUGUCUGGAUGGAUUCACGGACUCUAACCCCUCUAGGCCGGGACGGGUCUGUUCAGCUCCUUUGACCACAACCACACCUAUGUCCACAACCACACCUAUGUCCACAACCCCACCUAUCAAUACAGUGUCAACCACUACCACCUACAAUACAACCUCAAUUACAUCCAACAAUACAGAUGCAGCUGCAAUGAACGCAACAGUUACAACCAAAACUCCAGUCACAAUCACAACCACGGCGCCAGUUACAACCUCAACCAUCACUGAAGUUCCUACAAAAAUGACCAGCGGUCUCAUCAAAACCAGUCUGCAGCCUGAGACUCCUACAUCUCUGGCUCCUCUGGUCUCUUAUACGGAAGCCAUCUCAGUGGAGUGCAAGGCCAGUGCCAUCACGGUGACAGUGGCCAGGGACUUCCUGUGGUCGGGGCACAUUGGGGACUCUUCCCUGUUCCUAGGGAGACAGGAGUGUGGCGUGAACGGAGGGAACAGUAGCCACGUCCAGCUGACGGUGGCUUGGGACGAGUGUAACACACAGCUCUUAUAUAACAGCACUCACUACACUGCUCAGGUGAAUCUGUACAACUCUAUGAGCUCUCAGCUCUUGCCUGACGACACUACAAGGGUUCCCACAGUACGGCUGAAGGUCCCCAUCAUGUGUACCUUCAGGAGGAGCAUCAUCAUUUCCUCUGGUUACAGCACCACAGGGUAUGAUAUGGUCAAUGAUGCUGUCAUGGGCUCAGGGACGUUCUACGUGACAUUUCAGCUCCUGAAUGGAAUGUCACCCCUCCCCCAGAACUACAGCCUGUCUCCUGAGGAGGAUGUUGUGGUCGAGGUCAGCGUUGACUCCACGGUUGCCCAGAUCAAAGUGGUCAUCAACAAGUGCUGGGCCACCCAGAGCAGCAACCCCUUAGAACCAACAACCUAUGUUUUUCUGGAAAACAGCUGUCCCCUCCCAAACACAUACACCACAGUCGUGGAGAACGGCAACUCCAGCAAGUCUCGCCUGUCUCUUCGCAUCUUCUCCUACAUUAACCUGAAUGUCAUCUACCUGCACUGCCAGAUUCAGAUCUGUAUCGAGACUGGCUCGGCCACCUGCCAGCCUGAUUGCUUUGGGCGGAGAGAAAGAUUCUCCAAUCUAAUUGGAACAGCAAACUCAUCCUGUGGACCAUUGCUUCGAUCACACAAAGUGUCCGUCAAAGAGAGAUCUGAUACUCUUCGUCUGGUGGGCUACAGUUUACUGGGAAUAGGACUAUUCCUCCUCUUUAUCGGGAGUCUGUCUUCCUUGUUCUUCAGCCACAGGAAGCGAAUUGGAACCUACAGUUUCAGCCUCAAACCAAAACAAGAUAACUAUACCUAUCAUGUUUUCAAUACUUAGUGCUGGAACACUUUUAGGCUAGUUUUAGGGAACUCAAAGACAUAGUAAAGUUGGUAUUUAAUUUCUUCAAGCUGUUGCCUAGUAGUCAGAAAUGAAGAGGUCAAUACAGAUAAUUUUGAUUAAACUAAAGCAUAUUAUUAAAAAACUAAGUGUAUCAAAAGGGCAGAAAUCAUUAUUAAUUUGGAUGACAUCAGGGUCUCUUCAAUUUUUUCAACAUUGAUACAUUUAAAUACAUACUGUAUACAAAGCACUGUUUGCCUUGGAAAUUAAUGUUGUCUUGUUAGGAUUUGUAUAGUAAAUCUUGUUUAAAAAAUAUAAUAUAUUCUGCAAUCCCUUCAUUUUCUUUUAAACUGAUAUUUUUCUAUAACUGAGAAAAUCUACCAUUUAUCCUGAAGUCUUCCAAAGUCAAUAGCAGACACAUCCUGAAAUAUUGACCUGCUAAAAUAUGUGAAAUAUGUUCAUAAACGAACAACUAGAAAUAAAAAGGAAUUAUUUGUAUAUUGGAACAUUUGUAGCAGAGGAAGAGAAUAUUUCCCCAAUCUUUAUUUAUGAGGUGAAAUGUUGAAUUUGUGAUACAAUCUAAGAACUACUGUAAUGAUCCAUACACUAGAGGACACUGUUGGGUCAUUGCAUUAAAAAAAAUUAAAACAUAGGUAGGACAACAAAUGUUGGGAUUUCAGUGUUAUAAUAUCAUGAAUUAGAUAUGGUCACACUAUAAACAUUUUGAGGGAUUGACAUUAGAUAACAUUACAUGAAGGUAUGGUACAUUUAUCAAAUACAUCAAAGACUUGGUGGUCUGUAUGUCUGUGCUGCGUGCAUGUGUAAAUGUGCAGGCCGGGCCCAUCAUGUGUAUGAUGAUUUCACACCACCACUUCACACACACCUUUGUGACACACACACCUCUCUCUCUCUCCGAGAGGCGAGCCCUGUGGAGGGAUACAUGGUAAACAGCAGUGUCUGGGAGUCCUUUCUAAACAUAUUACAUCGAAACUAGGGACUAGGCGGGGCCACAGAAGACUAAUGUGCUUCUACACCUGCAUUCUAGCUGUUUGGGGUUUUAGGCUGGGUUUCUGUACAGCACUUCGAGAUAUUAUCUGAUGUACGAAGGGCUAUAUAAAAUAAAAUUGAUUGAUUGAU